UACACGCCAAAAUUAUAACCCUAAGUUAUUUGCAUAGCAGCGAAACUAAACAAGAAAUGACAUUUAGAGGGUCCUAUAGUUGGAUGUUCAGUGAGGAUAUUCAACUGAGGACCGAGUUUAAGUUUUACAAUAUAAUUUCAAGGAAGCAAUUUCGUCAUAUAAUUAUUCAACAGUGCCACAAAAACCAUGUAACCGGAUACAUAGUAUUCACCCACGGGGGCAAACGAGCAUUUGGAGUGAUGGAUGGAAAGCGGAAAGACUUAAACCUGAUAAAGCACUGCCUUCUGAGUUUUUGCAUUCCAGAACCCUUUAACCAACGAGCCACUUUUUCAGCCUACGAGUUAUGCUUCAAUCCGAACGAAAAGAAAUUUAAUAUUAAGGAUAGAGUGCCCAAUGGAACCAAGUUUCUGGGAGAUAUUUACGAGAACUGCUUUCUGAGGUUCAAGAAUCAAAAACCGGAACCGGAAGAGGAAACCGAGGAAACUAAAGCCUUGCUCGCAAAACAUGCAGACUUCUUUACCUCUAAAUAUUUCGCCAAUUGUUAAACGACAAUGGAUACCGAGAGCUAAGACUAUGCCAGCAAAUUCCCGUUUCCCUUUGGUCGCAGGGAUUUCUCGCAGUGUCGAUGCGACUCGUGCUGGCCAUUGUUCAACACUAUUUGCGGCACUCAAUCUCUUAAUUAAAUAUGCGACUAACUGGCAGCUCGGAGGCACUCGAAGAGUGGCCCAGACAUCGCCGUUUAGUGUCGAAA